CAAGAGUCUCACUCCACACCACCGUGAUGAGAAACCAAAUCCCCAUUUCGCACCUUCUCGCUUCUUAAACCAGAUUCCGACCAAAUUUUUUUAGCAAUCUCCAUUAUUAAUUGCAAUACUCAAAUUUUGAGAGAGACAUCAAUGAACGAAAACGAUUAUCACGAUUGUGAGGCCCAAGAAGAGACUGUUUUAGUAGGCUCAUUUGAAGUUGAAACUCAAACAAGUGGGGCUGCUAUCCAAUGCCAAACAGAAGCCCAACUAAAUGGUGUAUAUUUUGAGGAAGAAGAAUAUGCUCAUGAGGCUGAAGACUUAGAAGAUGAGAGCAUAACAGAUCCAAGUAAAUGGUGGGGUUCUGUUAAUGAUUUUUGCAGCCAGAUUAACCAAGAAGACUCUGAUGGGGGCUACGAAGAGGAAGAUGAAUUAAGAAGCUUGCCUAGUGAUGGUGAAGAUGUGCAUCAGUCUAAAAAGUCUAACAAUGAAUUUGAUCCAAGGACUAAACCUGAGGAGAUCAAGUUCAAAGAGGGCAUGUUGUUCCUUACUAAUGAGCAUUUAAGAAAAGCUUUGAAUGAUUAUUUUGUUACCAGUGACAGAGAAUUCAAGUAUGUAUCUAAUGCUAGUUUAAGAAUUCGAGCUAAAUGCAAAGGCAAUGGGUGUACAUGGAUUCUUUAUGCUAGAAGAAUGAGAGAUGAUGGCACCAGAUUUAGGAUCAAUAAAAUGAAAGACGAGCAUAAUUGUGGAAUUGUAUUUGAGAAUAGCUUAGUAGAUGCAGAUUGGAUUGCAAAACAUUAUUUGGAGAAGUUCAAACAAAACCCAAACAUGAACAUAAAGUCUUCAGACAAAUGA